UUUCAUUACGUCAUUCAGAGCAGACGAUUCUUCGAGAGUUGUUUAUAAAAUUUGCCCACCUUUAAUUUUCAAAAAUGAAACCGGCAGAUGUAUAUAUUGUUAGUGCCGCCAGAACCCCUAUUGGGUCUUUCUGUGGGAAACUUUCGUCGUUUCGUGGCAGCGAAUUAGGGACUAUCGUUAUCCAAGAAGCCCUCAAACGAGCUUCAAUAAAACCGGAUGAUGUUUCUGAAGUCAUCAUGGGACAGAUACUAAUGACUUUGGAGGGGCAAAAUCCUGCCCGUCAAGCUGCCUGCAAAGCAGGAGUUCCAUACUCUGUACCAGCAUAUACAGUCAAUAUGCUGUGUGGUUCAGGAUUGAAGGCAGUCAUGCUAGCUUCCCAGUCUAUUCAACUUGGUAUGUCUUCAAUAGUUGUCUGCGGAGGCCAAGAGUCUAUGAGCCGUGUUCCUCAUGCUAUUCUAAUGAGACCAGGAAUUAAAAUGGGCAAUGGUACAUUAAAUGAUACCAUGAUUCAUGAUGGUCUCACUGAUGCUUUCAAUCAUUAUCAUAUGGGAGUUACAGCUGAAAAUGUUGCGAAACAAUGCCAAAUAUCUCGUCAACAACAAGAUGAAUAUGCUGUGCAAUCACAGCAACGGACAGAGGAAGCCAGAAAAGCCAAAAAAUUUGAGACGGAAAUCGUACCCGUCACAGUCAAAGAUCGAAAGGGUGAAAUCGUUGUAAAUGAAGACGAGUUUCCGAGACCUGAAACCAGUCUUGCUACUCUAUCCAAACUCCGACCCGCCUUUGCAACUCAGGAUGGCACGGUGACUGCAGGCAAUUCUUCUGGUUUAAACGACGGAGCUGCGGCCCUUGUCCUCGUUUCAUCAGCUGAAAUGGAUAAGCGCUCUCUAAAACCUCUGGCCCGCAUUGUGUCCUACAGCCAGAUAGGCCUCGACCCAUCAGUCAUGGGCUUAGGCCCAGUCCAAGCCGUUCGCGAAGCCGUCGCCAAAGCCGAAUGGACGUUGGAUAGUGUCGACUUGUUCGAGCUGAACGAAGCCUUCGCUGCACAGGCCGUGUCUGUGAUCAACCAGCUGGGUAUCGACCCCAGCAAGAGUAACAUCAACGGUGGCGCAAUCGCUCUCGGCCAUCCUGUCGGAGCAUCCGGCGCGCGAGUCCUCGUCUCGCUAGUCCACUCAAUGGUCGAUCGGCAAGCGCAACGGGGAGUUGCUGCCUUGUGCGUCGGCGGUGGCAUGGGAGUCGCUAUGUGUGUCGAACGCAGCUGAGUUUCAGUCGAAUGCAAUCUCGCACCUAGUGCCAUACCUAUAGAUAGUUUUGAUUACCAUUUAGAGCUUUACCAAUUUUUUUUUCUUUUUGAGAAACACAUACAAAAACAUUGUUGAAUUUA